ACUCGUUUCCCCUACAUACUCGUGUUCUACAGCCGAAACAAAAAUUUCAGUCACCUUGGCAACACUUCGAAUCCGCUUUAUCACGUGACACAUGAAUUUUAUUUUUAUGUCAAGAUUUUUAUUUAACUGACACUUUCCUAGUGGAUUCCGAGUUGGUUUUUGGUUUCUGUAGUGUAUAAAACAUUUUGAUUCAAAAUGGCGAAAGUAGGAAUAAACGGUUUUGGACGUAUUGGUCGCUUGGUACUUCGCGCUGCUCUCGCUAAAGGCGUAGACGUAGUAGCCGUUAACGACCCAUUCCUCGAUGUCGAUUACAUGGUCUAUUUAUUCAAAUUCGAUUCGACCCACGGUCGUUACAAGGGUUGCGUUAACAGCGAUGGUAAAAAUUUGGUUGUUGACGGUAAGGCAAUUGCCGUUUACCAAGAAAAAGAUCCCGCUCAAAUUCCAUGGGGCAAACACGGCGCCGAUUACGUAGUAGAAUCUACCGGAGUCUUUACUACCGUCGAAAAGGCGAAGAAACAUCUCGACGGCGGCGCCAAGAAAGUUAUUAUUUCCGCUCCAUCCGCUGAUGCACCGAUGUACGUUUGCGGAGUAAACCUCGACGCCUACAAUCCAGCCGAUCCUGUCAUUUCUAACGCUUCGUGUACCACAAACUGCUUGGCUCCUUUGGCUAAAGUCAUUCAUGAUAAUUUUGAAAUCGUCGAAGGUUUGAUGACGACAGUACAUGCCACAACUGCCACACAGAAGACUGUCGACGGUCCGUCUGGUAAAUUGUGGCGUGACGGUCGUGGUGCAGGACAAAACAUCAUUCCAGCGGCUACUGGAGCCGCCAAGGCUGUCGGUAAAGUUAUUCCAAGCCUUAACGGCAAAUUGACCGGUAUGGCUUUCCGCGUACCAGUUCCGAACGUUUCGGUGGUCGAUUUGACCGUUCGUUUGGGCAAAUCGGCGACUUACGACCAAAUCAAAGCCAAAGUAAAGGAAGCCGCCGAAGGUCCCCUUAAGGGCAUCUUGGGCUACACCGACGAAGACGUCGUUUCCAACGAUUUCAUCGGCGAUACCCACUCAUCAGUAUUCGACGCAAAGGCCGGUAUUCAAUUGAACGACAAAUUCGUCAAACUCAUCUCUUGGUACGACAACGAAUACGGAUACUCGAACAGGGUUAUCGAUUUGAUCUUGUACAUUUCCACCAAAGCUUAAGAUUUUCCUUUCUUUUUUUCUAAUAGAAAAAUCUCGGCAGGUUUCGAUCGGUGGAGACUUUUUAGCGUCUCGCGGAAUAAGUGAAAAAGUAAAGGAUUAGUUAGUAGUCCUUUGUCGGUAAAAAAAAUAAAAAAAAAUGUUACUUUUUUCGAUUUUACCGUUUAUUUUCUUUAUUUAAAAUAUAUGUGUCUAAAAUAUACAAGUUCCGAC